CAGCGAGCAGAGACGGUGAGGAGCUCUCCUCUCCGGUGGAUAUAACGGAUUAACCUUAUCAUCACAUGUUAUCGAUCUCAUGUUAUCGAUCACAUGUUAUUGAUCACACGUGAUUAUUAGACCGACUGUCCCAAGACUUCACGACCGGGGGAAACAACCGAACUACCGGAAUAUCUCCGUUAUCCGCUGACUGCGAGCACCAGGCCCAUGAGGAUGGAGGGCUGGUUACUGGCGGCGACGUUGCUGAUGGGCGUGGUCCUGGCGGCCGCACGGCCCGCGGAGGACGCACCCCACGCCGUCAGAUUCAGGCACAAGGACGGGACCUCUGCUGCCCUCAGGAUUAACAGUCCCCAGGGUUACGGCGGGCCGUGUGAGCAGCAGUCGUGCGGGCUAGGUCGGCACUGCGUGGCCGCCCCGGGGGGCGGGCCCGCGACCUGCGGCUGUCUGGAGCGCUGCCGGCCGCACUACAAGCCCGUCUGUGGCUCCGACGGGACGCUGUACCGGAACCACUGCGAGCUGCACCGGGCGGCCUGUCUCACCCACGCCCACAUCACCAUCACACACAGCCAGGACUGCUUCUACAAGGAUGAUGACUGCCGGCUGGGCGACUACCGCAGGAUGAAAACCAAAGUCCUGGAGCUCCACGAGCGACGGUCCCUGGGGUCCCAGCCCGCCGGCGCCCACACAGACAACAUGGCGGCCAGGCGGCAGCUGGUCGACGCCAUGUUCCGACGCUUCGACAGCGACAGCAACGGGCAGGUGGAGAGCAGGGAGAUCUCCCAGGUCAUCCGACAGGAGGGCCUCUCCAGGCUCACCUCCACCUGCUCGCUCUACGACCUCCUGAAGUACGACGACCCAGACGGCGACGCCCACCUCACCUUGCAGGAGGUGUACUCCGCCUUCGACGUGUACCAGCUGACCCUCCCGAAGGACCAGGAAGUGAGCGUCACUGUGGUAACGGCGGGUCAGAGCACCGUGCUGACGUGUGCCGUGUCGGGGGAGGGGCGACCCCCCAUCAUGUGGACCCGCCACGGACAGCUGCUCAACGAGCUGAACCUGGAGGACAUCAGCGACUUUGGGGACGAUGGCUCCCUGUACAUCACCAAGGUGACCAGCAGCCACCUGGGGAACUACAGCUGUCACGCAGAUGGGUUCCCCCAACUCUCCCAGACCCACACACUGCUGGUUCAGGUGCCCCCAGUGCUCCGGGUGUACCCUGAGAGCCAGGCGCGGGAGCCCGGCGUGACGGCCAGCCUGCGGUGCCACGCCGAGGGCAUCCCCCCGCCCACGCUGGCCUGGCUGAAGAACGGCCUGGACAUCACCCCCAAGCUCAGCAAGCAGCUCACCCUGCAGGCCAACGGGAGCGAAGUGCACGUGAGCAACGUGCACUUUGAGGACACAGGCGCGUACACGUGCAUCGCCAAGAACGCGGCCGGUGUGGACGAAGACAUCUCCUCGCUCUUCGUGGAGGACUCGAACCGUAAGACCCGUUCGGCUUGGUUCGGCGUGGUGCUGCACCGUGACGAGGCAGCGCUCCACAAGAUGGACCUGGCCACGCUGUCAUACGUGAAGAAUGUGAGCCUGGCGGCGUGGGGCUGCGUGCCGCUCGCCGUGGCCUCCACUCCUCUGGGCGGCUACUACGUCAUCCAGUGCCGGCCCGGCUCCACCGGCGCCGCCCAGCCCCAGCUGCUGCUCGACUCCGUCACCGACGCCGUGAUCGGCCGCAACGCCGACGUCACGGGCACGCCGUACAUGUCGCCGGACGGCCGCUACCUGGUCACCGUGGACGACGGCGACGGCCUCAUGAGGAUCCAGACGGUGUCGGACGCCGGCGCCAUCGGCCCGCCCUUCGACAUACACACCAACCUGCACCUGGCCGACCUGGCCUUCCAGCGCUCCUGCACCCAGCGCGGCCAGUACAACGUGGUGGGCGCCUCGGGCCGGCAGACCGACGCCCUGCUGGUGGAGCUCAGCUCGGGGGAGGUCAAGAUGAUCAAGAGCCUGAAGGAGCCGCUGAGGGCGGAGGAGUGGAGGUGGAGCUCCAGGAACCGGCAGGUGGUGGGCAGCGGGCUGUUCGGACAGUACCUCCUCAGCCCCUCCCGGGAGUCCCUGUUCGUCCUGGACGGGCACCUCAACAAGCUCAACUGUGAGAUCACCGAGGUGGUGGGGGCAGGGGCCGUGGUGUGGGUGGGCCAGUCCUAGACCCGUCCAGACCCCGUUCUAGACCCGGUCCUGACCCGGUCCUAGACCCCGUCCUGACCCAGUCCUAGGCCCGGACCUGGCCCUGACCCGGUCCUGACCCGGUCCUGACCCGGUCCUAGACCCGGUCCUAGACCCCGUCCUGACCCAGUCCUAGGCCCGGACCUGGCCCUGACCCGGUCCUGACCCGGUCCUAGACCCAGUCCUGACCCGGUCCUAGACCCUGUCCUAGACCCCGUCCUGACCCCGUCCUGGCCCCGUCCGAGAGGGCCUGCUGCGCUGGACUUCUGACGGGCGCCAUGGUCAAGAUGUUUUUAACCAAAUUGAUUGUUCAUUAAGGGUUUCAUGUGCUCCUCAUUAAUUAGGCUCUACAUGCGCACCAGGUAGACCCCCAGAGUCCUGGGACCCUCCUGCCACCAUCUCCCUGAUAGGCUAAAACACAUGCUCUUUAUUGGUGUCAUAUGUAAGAACGUCCCUGAUUGGCUGAAUAUUUACCAUGUCUCUGACCGUUCUGAGUCAGAGUAAUGAUCCUCUGAAGGGCUGUCUAUCAUAGCUCCUGCUCUCCCCUCUCCUCUCCCCCUCCUCUCUUCUCCUCCUCCCCUCUCCUCUCCCUGUCUCCUCUCUCCUCCUCUGCUCUAAUGAGGGAGGUCUGUCUGUUUGAAGUCUGCAUGUUGAGACUGCUUACUUUGAUGUGCAGCCGGAGUUAGGAGAGUGUCUCUCUGAGUGUCCAUUCAGUGCAGCAGGGCGUCAGAUCAGCACCUCAGCAUCAUUAGGAGGUUUGAACAGAAUAUAACCAACGUUCUAGGGCUUGUUUUAGGAUCUAGGAAUCCUUCUAGGGCUCGUUCAUUUUACAUUUUACAUGUUCCAUUACUGGUAUCUUUGGGUCACUAGUGUAGAUGUGGGGGGGGGGAUCUUUGGGUCACUAGUGUAGAUCGACCAGUAUGUCUUGUUUCCAUCCCUUAUGGUUUUGACUUUCUUUAGAUUAUCUGCAGCUCGUCACCUCUGCUGCCAGCCAUCAACACUUCUCCACUGUCUGCUCCGUGUUGUCCUGCAAUACUCACCACAGGAACACACUACUUCUGUCCUAUAUUCCACUACAGAAGACAUUAUUCACGCCCUUCUGAGCACAUGGUCACCCUGAACCCCCGCUGCAUUUAAACCUUCACCAGUGUGCUCCUCUUGUAUGUAGAGAAUGUAAUAAAGCUGUC